CACUUAUUUAUAAGAAACGGCAGGAUACUGGUAGAAAUGGUGUAGAGUUUAGACAUACCGCUCCUUGUGUUUACCUUUGUAAGACAGUAUCAAUCUGUAUAGAAGCAUAUUUCUAACCAGGAAAUACUACGACAAUUUAAUAAAUUAUUAUUGGUAACCCGGCUCAUAAAAAUUUUGAGAAGACUCAAAACCUUUAUUUAUUACGGUGCUCAACUGCUCAUAGACCUUUGAAGCGUUUGUGCAAUGCUAGUAUCCAGUAUUCUCUGGGGAUUUUUUGCACUGUCCAGUUACAAUGUUCUGGCCGAGGUUUUUCUUUCCAUGGCGGAAGUGGAAACACUUAUAACAACGGAGAAAAUGCUUCUAGAUGUCCUCAAAAACCAUUUACACCAAGAGAAAUUGCGGCUGACCAAAGCCCAAGGUUAUCGUGAACUUGUGCGAGACUUGGCCCAGGCAAAAUCAGAGGAGUCGCACUUGCAUCGGAUAAAGAUAGACCAAUGCCUGAAACACCGUGUGGACAUUUUCAACAACAUUACUGAUGUGCUUUCACAGGAGACAUUCGCUGAACAAAAUCGCUCCAUUCUCGGCUUGCGAAUAUCGCGUGCAUUUCCCGAUAAGACCGAUAUGGAAGGCAUAGCGGAUGCUUUUGCCAUGCUGCAGAUGAUAUACAAACUGCAUCCACGUGAUAUUGCCAAAGGUCGAAUUCCCGAGACGCGGCGCACGAUGCCGUUCACAUCGGAGGAAGCGGCGAUCAUUGGCUACAAUCAAAUCAAGAAUAAAUUGUUCAACUCAGGCUCAGCAUGGCUGGAAAUGGCUUUAGAAAUUCAUCGGAACGAAAAGACCAAAACUGCCCAAAUUUCUGAUGUGCUCCACUGGUUGCAGUAUGCUGUUUACCAUGAGACCAACAAUGUCGUCAGGGCACGGGAGAUUCUACAGAAGAUCCAUGAGAUUCAGCCAGAUUAUCCCGGGCUGGAGAAAAAAUUCACGCAUUAUUUCGAGCACAUUCGAAGGUUAAAAAGCGGACAGAUAUUCCAGAUGUACAUUGCGCCAACUGCUACGCAAGCGUAUAACAGCGACAUCGCCGCAGUUAUCGAAGAUCCUGAAUUUCCUGACACACAAGCAUACGGUGCGUUAUGUCGGGGUGAAAAGCGCAUGCAUGCGCUGGAUAAGAGGAAAUUAAACUGUUUUUAUCAAACACACGGAGAUCCCUAUCUACUUAUUCAGCCAAUCAAAGUCGAGAAGGUCUAUAUUGAUCCGGAAAUUCUAAUUCUGCACGAUAUCAUUUUGGAUUCGCAAAUAAUACGCCUUCGAGAAAUCGGAUAUCACCAUUUGGUUCGUGGCCGAAUUGUGGAUGAGAACAAUCCAAACGGAACGGAAUUCGAGAAUGCUCUUGUUACUAAAGACAGGAUCGCCAAAAUAGCAUUUCUGGAUCCGGCGCUCGAUCCGGUUAUUCCGACCGUUAACCGCUACAUCGGUUACGCAACGAAUCUCGAUCACGCUGUAGCCGAAGACCUACAGGUCAACAAUUACGGUAUUGGGGGUCACUUUGCGCCCCAUCACGAUUAUUUCGGGAAUAUUAAGAAUCCAGAUGCGGUAACAGACGAGGAAUGGGGUGACCGGAUAGCGACACUGUUAAUCUACAUGACCAAUGUAGAAGCUGGUGGGGCGACGGUAUUCCCACUGCUAAAUCUAACGCUAUUUCCGGAGAAGGGUUCAGCGGCAUUUUGGUACAAUAAAUUCAAGGAUGGUUUUCCCGACUGGCGAACGCUGCAUGCCGGCUGUCCGGUGUUAUCCGGUAACAAGUGGGUGUCUAAUAAGUGGUUUCGGGAAAGAGGCCAGGAUCGUAGGCGGCCGUGUGGACUGCAACGAGAUGGGUUCGGCGAUCUUGAUGGUGUGUUGACACUUCAAGAGCCACUGCAGGUACUCUAGGCAUUUUAAUUUGAAACUUUUCUGUCCUAAUUUUUGUUUUAUAAAAAAAUAUUGUUGUCUUCGUCGGUUUUGUAAACUCUACUGCGUUUGGAUCCGCUGGCAUGAAAGCACACGGAGCAUUCCCAGGGUAAA